AAUCAAGGAAAAACCUCAUCAGUGUCAAGAAAACUGUUGGCCAGGGGUUGGCAAGUAUGACUUUAUUUUCAUAGUCUGUAUUUAAAAAAGAAAGAAAGAAAUAGUGCUAUUCACAAACUCCAGCCACUCAAUGUUCAUCAAAAAUGUUUCUUAGAAGAAUGAGAAUGUGGAUAGUACACAACUCGCACAUGCUAUGUUCAUGUUGUGACUGCCUCUGCCUGCAAUUGCCGCCGCCGCCGUCCGUGCUGCUGCUGCUGCUGCUGCUUCCGCUGUCUAUGACGUUGUUGUGCUUUAGGGUGUAUCGUCUAUUAGAGAUCUCGGCAACGACAUUGGGGCAUGGCGAGCAGCAAGAGACUAGCUGAGCUCUUUGUGCUCCUUUCAAUGCUGUUCAUUGAUGGAGCGCAUGGUUCUACCGGUGCUAUGGUACAGAUUUCCCUACCAGACUUCCUUCGCAUCCAGCCAACACCAGAUCCAGUUGGCUUACACGGGCAAGAUAGCACACUUCAUUUCCACGAUGUGGUACUCAGCACAAAGACAUCAUCCAGCUGCAGAAAGCUGAACGUCAUGCUAAGUGAUCCGGAGAGCAGAGGAGACUCGUGGACAGCAUGCUGGAGCUCCCGCGGGCCAUUUCAACUGACUACACUGAAUGUGACAGCGCCCGCACAGCUUGCCCGGGGUCUGCGCCAGUCACUGGACUUUGCAUUGGUCAAGGAACAUGGAAGUGAGGUGCUAGUUGCCUUAGUUGUGGACACGAAGACACCGAGCGCAACGGACAUCAACUGGUCUGUACAGUCUACACGUGGGCACUCCCACCACAUAUCUGAGCUAGAAAAGUACCUGAAGAGGAAUAAUUGGAGUGUUCCUGAGGAAGCUAUUCAAUUGAGUCGCUCACAUGCCUUCGCAAGCAUUUCUGGACACUUUCUAUCUUUCAGGGCCUCCACGCCUGAUGGGACCAACCCAGAGUUUGAUGAUCUGCCAUUUCAGCUGAUGUACUCCUGUACCUGCAACUGCACGCUAGAUGUAUCUGCUAAACUCAACAUUUCCCUCUUCCUGCUGGAGCCGACUAGAAACCCAGAGAGGGAGUACACACACAGCGAGAAUGUCAUUCCUAAGCAUGUGCAGCUGUAUCUCUCAAAUUACACAUUCGAUGUCAACCUGGUUUGUAAAGGCCAGCCAUUGCCGAUCAAGUCGCACACAGACAGCAAGGUAUACAACAAUAGCCUGGCUAUCGGUUUGCCCAUUAUCUCACUGGUUGCUGCCGUCAUCUUGUACAAGGCAGGGAUAGUCAUUUUUCAAAGAGUGAGGGCAAAGUCAACACCCGCGGCACCUAGCGAGGAGGAUAAUACAGAUAACAUCAACAACAGGCUGCGACAGAACACAGUGGAGAGCGAUACUCUCACUGCUGAAGGAGCAGACCAACAGGCUGUCAAUGACUUGCUCCAGCACUGGAUACCUCUACUGAAGAAUGUACUCCUCAAAUCCUCAGAGAUCAGCAUCGGCAAUGAGAUAGGAGUUGGUGCAUAUGGACGUGUUACGGCGGGCUCCGUUAUGAAAGGGCGGCAGACAAUGACCGUUGCUGUGAAGACACUAAAAGCUGUGAACAGCAUUGAGGAUGUGGACAACUUUCUAUCGGAGGCUCUCAUCAUGCAGAACUUCCACCAUCCAAACAUCGUGGGCCUGGUCGGCGUGUGCCUGCGCCUGAGCGGUCCUCCUCUGGUCUGCCUGGAGUACAUGGCUGAGGGUGACCUAAGGUCCUAUCUGCAGCAUCUGAGCAAGUCCAUCAGCCUAGAAGACAUAUGGAGCGAGGACAUUACCAGACUGCUGGUAACAUUCUGUGUGCAGAUUGCCUGCGGAAUGUCCUAUUUGGAGUCGAAAGGGUUCAUUCACCGUGACUUGGCCGCCAGGAACUGCAUGCUGAACAACCGGUUGGAGGCAAAGAUUGGAGACUUCGGUCUGGCUCGAAGUCUGCACAACCAAACGUAUUAUCGAAUUAGCACAACACGCUGUCUGCCGAUCAAGUGGAUGGCACUUGAAAGCUUGGUGAACCAAGUCUUCUCGGAGAAAAGUGAUGUGUGGUCAUUUGGAGUCCUUAUGUGGGAGAUCUUUUCCCUAGGACGCGCACCAUAUCGUAGCAUCCUCAAUGAGAAUGUUCGACAGUACUUGGAGUUGGGAGAGCGUCUAACACGGCCCGAACGGUGCCCAGAAUUUGUGUUCCAGCUGAUGCAACAGUGUUGGGUGGUGAAUGCCGACGACCGGCCAACUUUUCAGGAUGCCAGGUCCUAUCUCCUCAACCAUCCCAAUAGCUGCCUGCAAGCCCACAGCAUCAUUCAGCUGUCUCGUCAAUCCACGAUGCAUGUCCCAUACAGGCGGACAGCUGACCUGGAUGUGCGGUGCCCUAGUAUUGAGGAAGAGCUGGAUUGUAGGGCCGAUACUGGCCGCCUGCACGCGUCUUACAAUUCAGCGGCAUCUCAGAUGGAAAUGGAAGAUGAACAUCUCCCAGAGAUGCACGAGCGAUUGCCACGCGAACCUCAGCGACCGCGAGGCCCCAGCAGUAGCAGUCCAGAGAGCCUGAGCGGAUUGGGGAGUGUGUCAAUGAGCUCCUCCAUGCGUGCAAGCCUACAGCCCAACUGUAGCGCACUGGAGCCAACACGGGAGCAGCUACAUGCCAGUGAUGCUGCAUUGCUGGACACCACAGAACUGAGUGGGCUGGCUCAAAGCUGCUCAUUCACGUCCAACACUAUCAGCCUACCAUUAUCUGAUCUGCAAGAAGAUAAUCACAUACAUGUGUAAUAUGAACAGUUCGGGCAGCAAAAGCCUUGAUCAUUUCUGCAUCAUGGUCUGCAUCGUUCCAGUCCGGAUCGAUUUUCUUUUAUCUGCGUACAAUCAGCUGCAUGUCGCCGGCAGUUGCAUGUGCAUUGUUUGUUCUCCGUUCUCUUUCCGUUCUAGCCGGAGACAAUUCAUGAUAAGUUAGUAACUUACUACUGCAUGUACUAGUAUUCCACUUUUGUUUCCUCUUUUCUGUAUGUGCUGAUAAUAGAGGCACCAGCCUGAAUAUCUGUGUGGGCAGACCCAAUUCAUAGCUUUGCUCAGGCAGUGAGCAAGAGGACCAGGAUUACUGUUGCCGCUUUCUUUAUCACGGCAUUGCCGUGUACCACUCAAUUAGCUUACUUCUACCUUAUUAGUAUUAGCAAGAGUACAUACUGUACUCUUGGUAUUAGAGGUAUUAUAUCUGUGUGAGCAGGCCCCUAUUCAUAGAAUUGCUCAGGCAAUAUGCAAGAGGACCAGAAUUAUUGUUGGUACAUUCAUCAUCGUGGCAUGGCCUUGUGCCGUUCCCUGUUGAUCAACUUAUCCUAUUACUGUAUUAGUAGGAUAAUCAAACCUCUCUGUUUAAUUUAAUUUAUGCCGCAAGUACCAUCCAAGUCAAGUGUUCAUUUGUUCAUGAGCAGAUUAUAUUAUUCGAACCAUGAAAUCCCCUGUUUACACUCUC